AUUCCCCUUUCAAGUGGCCAUGUCACAUUUUAAUUCCAUGUACCACUGGUGUGUAAGAGGUUUUGGAUUACAUGUGGACUCGCGGAACUUAAUCUGGUGCAAUCAAUUAAUUAUCCCAUGAGUAAUAUAAGCUAGACAAAUGUCUCAUGGUCAUUGGCAUUUAAAACAUAACAAUUAAGACAGUAGACUCGAAGGCUAAAGUCAUGGCCUGUAAUGAUCUAACAAAUCAAUUUACAGGAAACAACCUUGAUAAGAUAGAUGACCAUAACAGUAACGUCAAUGAAGAAGAUAUAUCAAAUUUUUUUUCUGGCACACAUGAAGUACAAGAAUGUCUUGAAGGUCAAUCUGAGUUAGAUCUACACAAACACCUGGCAAACUGUGAAAAAAAUCCUGGGCACAAAAAUUUUAUACCCGUAAAUCAGUUAAAUCUUGAACAUUUUCCUCCUGGUUACCAUGAUAACGACGUUUUUAACCUCACAAAAGCCCUGGCUGAUUUAACUGUCAGGGUAGCCGUUAAGUUCACCAGUCCAGACAGACCAGAGUUUUUACCAGGCACCAAAUAUCCAUAUCCUUGCUACAACACCAGGGCACAGAACUUACUGCAUACAGGCACUGCGAUGAUAUGGCAGGUGACAAAGUACACAGAGGGAGAUCCCAACAUUUCAAGAACCUACAGAACUUGUCCAUGUCCUGAAUGUGACCAUUCGCACACACCCAGCAAAGUUUGGUGGCGAAUUGGUGUGGUGACAGUCAGACAUGUGAUUUUUGAUGCGAGUGAGGCGAGACAGUCCAGCUGUAGGUUGUGGUUCGAUGAUGAUAUAAGUCCAGUGGUCAAGAUUUAUGGGUGGCUGGCGGGUUAUUCAGACGCUGAGCAAGACUGGUGUCAAUUGGAUUGUGUGACACACGACUUAGAUGUAGCCGUUAAACUAGAGGAUAUGGUUGGGAAGUUUAAGGGUUUAUGGGAUAAAUUAAGUCACAAAUACAAGAGUCGUAGAGAUGUGGAUAAGCUGGCGAUUAUAGUGUCACAUCCUCAUGGCUGUUCUAAGCAGGUCUCUGUAGGUCUCUGGGUACAUAGGCAGGUGGUGGGAUUGGAUAGCCGGACCAGGUACACGUACACAACGUGCACCUGUCCCGGUAGCAGUGGGGCUGUGGUGUACAAACUGGGGUUCGAGUGGGGGUCUUACCAUUCCCACAGUGGAGCUAACCCUAACUCUGGUGGAUUAAAUUAUAGUUCGUUGUUUGUGGACUAAUAAUUGUUAUAAACUUGUGGUGUAUAGAAUGUAAACUGAUGUUCCGUAAGUUGGUUGUCUGCUUUAUAAAAGAAAGUAUGUUAUUGUAAAGCGUUAAUGUACCAUUUACAUUUCAAUUAUUGGCCUAAAUUAACUUUGAAUGACAUUGUUCAUUUCUUCACAUUCUAAUGUUGGAAGCAAAUCUUAUUGUGUCAUAUCUUUGACAAUUGAUUUUGAUUUCUAAUUUUUAUCCAAAAAUUAAUGAUGCCAUUAGUGUUGUGUGCUUUCGUUGUUUAAACAUUUUAUUAACAUUAGUUCAUUAUACUUUUCUGUUUGUUUCAUAUAACCUUAUUCUCUUAGACCGUGAUAGUUUCUUAUUACUUAUGUGUUCUCUAUAGCUUUCUUGUUACAAUCAAACCUAAAGACUUGUUUCUUUAUUUGAAUAUUCUUUUAUUCUUCGUCUUAAAUAAAAUUUAGUUUAUACAUUUAAUACAUCCAACAUAUUAUAUUCAACAACAAAUCGGUAUCUUUGAGUUUUCCAUAUUUUGAUGAAGAUGCUAAUUUCACAGCUAUAGUUUCUUCCACGUAUCUCUUCGUUCGGGGGGGGGGGGGCUCGGUCCUUUCGAUGAAAGUCUACCACCCCUUCGAAGGAAAUAGAAUUUAUAUAGAAAAUAUACACUUUUAACAGCGUUUACACCUCACCCUUCAUUGAAAUUUUUAAAUGCCCACCCCGGAGAAAAAAAGUCUGGGAAAAACACUGUUCACAGCCUCGGAAAAUAUGUGAGGAACAUAGAAAUAGGUUGAGACAGAGAGUGAAGUGUGCACAUGGGAUUGUAUAUGUUGGAAUUCUAUUUUAAAUUGUAUCUUUUUCCGAUGUGAGUAAAAGAAAUAAAGAAUAAACUUGGUUAAAUCUAACGUGAAUAUAUAUUUGAAUUGGCUUUAUUUUUUGUUUCUGUUUCCUACUCUGAACUUAGGAUUUAGGAUGUCUCGCAGUCAAAUCUGGAUACAAAGUUCAGUGUUUUGACGUAAGAAACGUACGAUGAAGUAGACCUCAUAUUUAGUUACCGCUGACUGGGCGACAGCAAGUUUGACAAAAAUUAAAGGAGCUUUCUGAUUGCCUCACACUUGAACUUCGUCAUCUCAUUCACAAUAUAUACGAACAAAAAUGCUGGGUCUAGAACGUAGUUUUCUAUUCCACAUCA